AUGUCUGCCCAAAACAAUCAAACGGUCCAUCAGAAAACUAGCGGCAACGCCCCUAGAAGGAGAAAGAAGUUUGGAGACCUUGCCGAAGGGUUCGUCCCCAAAGGCGAACUACAUAGCGAUGCGUACAAGCCUCUGAACGAUAAGUCCUUGUACCCGUCUGCAGAAGCCAAAGCGCACGGGGAAGCAACGAACGAACCUCUCGUCGGCGGGUUCAAGUACCAAGUUGAGAAGUAUGUGAUUGGGGAAGGUGCAAUGCCACGCAAGCGAGGUUCCAAAGAAUGGCAGCAUGAAGAUUUUGAGGAAAUCGAUAGAGAAGUCCCACAUGAAGAGCGAAGGGCCCCUCAGACGGUAUGGGAGGCGAAUGAAGAAGUUCGGGGAUGGCAUGCUACCGCUCCUAGGGAGCACUGCUAA